AUGGCCACCCCUAGUGUUCUCACCUUUGAUGCUGAGGGUCGGGCUGUCGACUUUAAGAUCUGGGUUGAUGAUCUGCAGCUUUUCCUGCGGUGCGAUAGAAAAGAUGGUCUCUCACUGUUCGAUCUCACGUCUGGCGCCUCUGCUGCCCCUGCUGCCGAUGCUGACAGUACUGUUCGCUCCCAGUGGGCCACACGCGAUGCUGCUGCACGUCUUGCUGUGCGUAGUCACUUGCCGUCCACAGAGCGCGCGCACUUUAGUCAGUACAAGAGUGCUAAGACCUUGUACGACGCUGUAGUUGUACGCUACUCGUCCCCUGCCACUGCUGUUCUUAGUCGCCUCAUGCUGCCGUACCUGUUCCCUGACCUCGCCCCCUUCCCCAGAGUCGCUAACCUCAUUACGCACCUCCGCACUAGUGACACCCACUACCGCGCUGCGCGUCCUGCUGAAUUCUGCGCCAAGAACCCCCCCCCCCCCAUGUACAUCACCCUCUACUACCUAGUCACCCGGCUCCCUGACUCCCUUCGUCCGGUCAGGGACCACUUCCUCUCUGUUUGCCCCACCACGCUCACCGUUGACCUCCUCGAGGAGCGCCUCCUAACAGCUGAGAAGACAAGAAGCCAUGCCCCCUUCUUUGAGGGGUGCUCCCCCUCCCCCCUUUUGCCCUCUGUUGCCUCUGCUGCUGCAGUCGACCUCGUUGGCACCGAGUCGGUCGGCGCUGCGUCUGCCCCUAGCGGUAGACUCCGCAACGGCAAGGGCAAGGGGGGCAAGGGCGCCGGAGGAGCUGGCGGGGGCGGUGGAGGUGGCGGUGGAGGCGGCGGAGGGGGUGGGGGUGGCGGUGGGAGUCGUGGCGGGGGUGGGGGCUUAAGUGGCGGCAGUGGAGGCGGAGGCGGCGGCGGCGUUGGCGGUGGGAGCAGAGGCGGCGGCGGUGGGAGCAGAGGCGGCGGCGGUGGAGGCGACAGCGGCGGCGGCAGUCGAGCUGGUCGGGGUGGCUCUGUGCAGCGGGGCGGCUUUGGUGGUGCGGGGUGGGAGUGCUGGUCCCUAUGCCUACGUCCUGGGUACCGGCGACCGCACUGGUCGGGGGUUGCUAUCUUUGAUCUUGAUUAUGAUGCUCUUCUUGGUGCCAUGUAUGUUGUGUCUACAAGUGAUGAGGGUGACUGUUACGUGUGUGUUCCGCCUGACCCGGGCAUUGAGGCUGCUGCUCUAGGUGCUGGUGAGGCUGCUGCUCUAGGUGCUAGUGCGUUUGCUGCUCCAGAUGCUGGUGAGUCUGCUGCCCCAGGUGCUGGUGUGUCUGCUCUCUCAGGUACCACGUCGGCUCAGGCUUUGCACACUUUCACCCUUGACUCAGGUGCUUCCCGCUCCUUCUUUCGAGACCGCACCACACUCACGCCACUUAGUCGACCGGUUGCAGUCUCGCUGGCAGACCCCUCUGGGGGUCCUGUCCUUGCCCACUUCUCCACUGUCUUACCGUGUCCGGCGGCCCCUUCUGGCACCCUGGGCCGACACUUGGCCACGUUUACCCGUCAGCGGGGGUCGAGCCUGUACACACUGACUAAUGAGUCUCCUCCGGCUGCUGAGUCCGGUCAGGUGGCUGCGUCGGGUCAGGUGUUUGCUGCAGCAUCCACGUCUGGUCCUGAGUUUGCCCCCUGCUCGUGUCGUCUCCUGUCUCACCAGACUCUCCUCUGGCACCACCGCCUUGGUCGCCCCUCCCUGCCUUGUCUCCGAGGCAUGGCCUCCCGUGUCCUUGUCUCUGGUCUCCCCCGGUCCCUCCCUCCUCUUCCUUCGGGGCCUGCCCCUACCUUCGUUCCCUGCGUCCAGGGGCGGCAGCGCGCCGCUCCUCACUCCUCCGAGUUUCCUCCGACAGAGGCUCCACUGCAGACACUUCACCUAAACGUGUGGGGCCCCGCCCGCGUCCGUGGACAGGGUCACGAGCGUUACUUCCUGCUGGUAGUUGACGACUACUCGCGUUACACCACAGUCUUCCCCUUGCGCAGCAAGGGUGAGGUCACUGAGGUGUUGAUCGACUGGAUCCGCGCAGCUCGUCUUCAGCUCGGAGAGAGUUUCGGCUCGGACUUUCCUGUUUUGCGUCUGCACUCCGACAAAGGCGGAGAGUUUUCCUCUGACCUUCUGCGAGCCUUCUAUCGUGCACGGGGCAUCCGCCAGACGUUCACGCUUCCGGCCUCUCCACAGCAAAAUGGGAUUGCUAAGCAACGCAUUGGCAUGUACGCGGCGCAUCAGAUCAACCUUCAGCCCCGAGUCUCCUUGCCGGAGACCUCCCCUACUCUGCGGUGGACGGGGAAGGUUGGCGAUGCGUCUGCGUUCCGUGUCUGGGGAUCUCGAGAUUUUGUCCGCGACUUGUCUACGGACAAGCUGUCCCCUCGCGCUGUUCCCUACGUCUUCCUUGGCUUCCCCCCUGACGCGCCUGGUUGGCAGUUUUACCACCCCACCUCGCGCCGUGUUCUGUCCUCCCAGGACGUCACGUUUGACGAGUCGGUUCCUUACUACCGUCUCUUCCCCUACCGCACUGCCCCCCUCCCGCCGCUGCCGCUCUUCCUCGCGCCAGGUCCUCCCCCGCUAGACCCCCUCCCUCCUCAGGGUCCUGCCCCCUCAGGUGUGUCCCAGGUAGAUGCAGUCGAGCCUGUCGAGGUAGCUGUUGACUCUGGUGCUGCUGGGGGUGCUAGGCCUACGGGUGUGGAGUCUGGGUGUGCUGAGCCUAGGGGUGCUGAGUCUGGGGGUGUUGAGUCUAGGGGUGCUGCGACUGGGGGUGCGGAGCCUGACAGUGCUGGGCCUGCUCGUGUGGAGUCUGGCGGUGCGGGGUCUGGAGGUCCUGUGGGUGGUUCGUCCCGGCGGGAGCUACCCUCUCCACAGGAGCUGCGCGAGUGGUUUGCUCGGUGCUGGAGCCGUGCCGCUGGAGCUGGAGGUGCCGCUGGGGCUGGAGGUUCUACUGCUGCUGAGGGUGCUGAUACCAUGGGUCCCGGAGGAGCUAGUACUAGAGGUAAUGGAGCUGCUGGGCCUGGGGUGGCUCCUUGUGCUGGAGCUGCUGGCGGUGCUGGAGCUGGCGGUGCUGCUGGGGUAGCUGCUAGGGGUGUUGGCGCUGGAGGUGCUGCUGGUGCUGGUGCUUGUGAGGGUGCUGGUGUUGGCGCUGCUGGAGCUGGGGGUGCUACUGGUGCUGGUGCUGCCGCUGGGGGUGCUGGUGCUGUACCUCCUGGUUCUGGAGGCGCUGCGCGGCCGCGGCCGUACUUUGUUCCGCUCCUUGAGCACGUUCUUGGUCUCCCGCCUUCUUCUGGUCCUGCUCCUUCCUUAGAGUGUCCACCGCUUGUCCAGUCCGAGUCACUGUUACAGCCCGCCUCCCAACUGCCUGCUCCUUCUCCCUACACUGGUCCUACUGGAGGUCUUGCUGAGCGUCGUGGGCCUGCGUCUCGUCCUGCGUCGCCUGUUCGUGUUGCUUGCACUAGUCGUCGUGUUCCGCGUCAGCGUCCUCCUGCGGUCCCAGGCACGCACCAAAUGGCACUGCGUCCUUCCACUGCACCGCUGCGUGUCCCUUUGCCGUCUCCUCCGGAGUCCUCUCUUCCUGCUCUUGCUGACCUGGAGUCUGACUCUCUUCCUGCUGGCAGUCCAACUGUCGCGCGUCUUCUGGCUACUGUUGUCACUAACCCUUCCUUUGAGUCCACUGCUGCGUCUGCCCUAGUUGCUGAGCUUGUCGACUUCGCUGCUCACUGUUGUCUCGACUACGCUUCUAGUCUUGUUGCUGAGUCUGAGUCUGUCUGUCCUCCAUCCGUCGGGGACAUCCCGACUCCUCGAUCGUACGCUGAGGCGAUCGAGGGUCCCUACUCCUCACCGUGGCAGUCAGCCAUGGACGCAGAGAUGGCUUCCUGGAAGUCCACAGGCACCUAUGUCGAUGAGGCUCCCCCACCAGGGGCGAACAUCGUCUGUGGCAUGUGGAUUUUCAGGGUGAAGCGGCCGCCAGGUUCUACGCCUGUCUUCAAGGUGCGUUACGUGGCUCGAGGCUUCAGUCAGCGGCAGGGAGUUGACUACUUUCAGACCUUCUCUCCCACCCCGAAGAUGACCACUCUUUGGGUGCUGCUGCACAUAGCCGCUCAGCGUGACUACGAGCUUCACUCUCUUGACUUCAGCACUACUUUCCUACAAGGCAGCCUGCACGACGAGAUCUGGCUGCGCCGCCCACCUGGCUUCACUGGGUCGUUUCCUCCUGGUACCCAGUGGAGCCUCCGGCGGCCAGUCUACGCUCUCCGCCAGGCGCCCCGUGAGUGGCACGACACACUGAGGACUACACUUGCGGCUCUUGGGUUUGCUCCUUCUACUGCCGACCCGUCGCUGUUUCUGUGCACCAACACCUCUUUGCCACCGUUCUACAUCCUCGUGUACGUCGACGACCUGGUCUUUGCCACUGCUGACACUGAGGCUCUCGCCCACGUGAAGUCCGAGCUGCAGAAGAGACACACGUGCACAGACCUGGGUGAACUGCGCAGCUACCUUGGCUUGCAGAUCACCCGGGAUAGAGCACGCCGUACCAUUACCUUGACUCAGUCACACAUGGUGCAGCAGGUCCUUCAGCGCUUCGACUUCACGUACUCCUCGCCUCAGGCCAGUCCUCUGUCUACUCGCCACUCGCUCUCAGCUCUGCCUUCGGAUGAGUCCGUAGAGCCGAGUGGCCUGUACCCAGAGCUUGUUGGCUACCUCAUGUACCUGAUGACCUGCACUUGA